AUGACGAACUCAAGUGCGAGCUCAGCUACCAUUACUUCAAUUGCUGUUUUUGAGAAUGGCAGGCCAGCUGAAGGCCAUGGUACUACGAAUUUAAUCUUUGAUGCUCAGAUUUACCUCGGAGACGAUUGCCCUCCACUUCUUGCCGCUUUGCGUUACUUCAAUUCCGAAAACCAUGUCUUCAAUGAAAUUGGUUUCUAUUUCAUUGUUGCAACAGUUGCAAAGAUGGAGUCUGGUGCACAUAUCGCACUUCAAAACAAUACUGGCAUCGACGAAACAGACUACGAUGUUGUGGGCAAUGUUGUAAUGUUAAUUCCCAUCACUGGCGACGCCGCCGUAAACCCCACCAUCCGACCAUAUAUCCACGUCUGUGGUACUGUCAGAAGUGUUGAUGACCUUGCAGGCACCUUCACAAUCGACGCACAUCAGUACGUCAAUGCCCUCAAGACUGCCACAAAUUCAAACUUCAACUCUAUGUUACCCGUCGAGUGCUCGAUUCCCAACACCCCCAGGUGGCACAAGAAUGGGAAGAAAUUUGGGAUUCCUCAUCCUAACAGAUACAUUUCUGUGACAGGAUUCUUGACUGGGAGGAAAACCAGGAAAGAACACGAAGUAUGUAUUACCGAGUGCUUCACUCUUGAAAUCCAGUCUAUCGUUUUUCUUGGUCGUCCUGUCGUUGCAAAUUCUUCUGGAUCCCCUAUUCAGGCUCGAACCCCAGGUGCCAAAUCCAAGAUGAAGUUUGAUUUUUCAAGCGCCAGGGCAAACAAAUGUCUCCGUCUCGAUGACAAUGCAACAGAAAGUAGUGGGACAUCGGCCAUUAAUUCAGUAGACAACUAG